UGUGUGAUUAUGGUGCCUGAAUAAACAGCAACCAACGCUUCUGACUCACCCCCGCCUGCGCAGACAUGCGUCCGUCAGACCCCCAAAAAAACAUGGAGAAAGGACUAUGUUUCAUCCUCGCCGCUACUUGUAACGAGAACAGCUCACCAACACACUGUUUUUAAUGUCUCUCUCUCUCUCUCCUGUGCGUAGUGUGCGACUGGCCACUCACAAGAAAACGGCCGUUAAGGCUGCUGUCAAAAUCAUCCCCAAGGACCCGGAAGUGGGGCUCACGAAAACUAUUCUGAAGGAAUUGACCAUCCAUCGAGGCUUACAACAUCGGAAUAUCUCUCGGUUCGUGGAGUCCAAGGAAGAGCCAGAGUGUCUUUAUAUCUUUGUCGAGUACGCUGCAGCCGGAGAGUUGUUUGACAAAAUUGAGCCAGAUCGAGGAAUUCAGGAAGAUUUGGCGCACUUGUACUUUUUGCAAUUGAUGGCAGGAGUGAGAUACAUGCAUAGUAGAGGCAUUUCGCAUCGCGACCUGAAGCCAGAGAAUAUCCUUCUGGACGCGUCUGGAACGCUCAAGAUCUCAGAUUUUGGACUUGCAACUGUAUUCAAAUACGGAGGAAGGAGCCGACCUCUUGAAACACCCUGUGGAAGCGCGCCAUAUGUCGCACCCGAGGUUCUAGAGGAAGAUUACAGUGGCGACGCUGUGGACAUUUGGUCCUGCGGAAUCAUUCUCUAUGUUAUGAUGAUUGGCAACACUCCAUGGGAGCUGCCGUCAUUAGACAGCGAGGAAUUUCGGUUAUACCAGGAGAGCAAUGGAAACCCCACACACGACCCUUGGAACAGGCUACAGGGACCCGUUAGAAUUCUACUCCUGGGCAUGCUUCGGAUAAAUCCCUCAAAGCGAUACACCGUCAAACACAUCUUGAGGGACGAUUGGUACAGGCGGCCCAACGCGCUUAUGACGGACGGCCUCGUUAAUGACCCUGUACAGCUGGCAUCACUGCUCAUGGACAAUGCCAAUGACUCUACAAGUAGCUCGCCCGUGGUGGCGUACUCACAGCCCCUGAAUAUGGGACGUGUCUUACAAAGUCAAAGCGUGGUGUUUGACGCACGCAAUUACGCUUCCUCACAGCCUGCUCGAAACAAUGAAAGAGCUUCGGACAGUUCACUUGGAACGAGGAUUGCGAUUUCAUGGCAGGACGAAGCAUUGGAGUUGUCUCAGCCUGCCACACAGUUCACAGAGGCGACCUUCCUGGAAGUUUUCUCUUCCGAACGCUUGACAAGAUUCUUUUCGCAGACAGACGCAGAUACUAUUAUUGAUGCGCUGGCCGAUGCAAUGGUCAACAAUCUGGUUGCUCAUACAGUACACGCUAAUCUACAAAAGAUUACCAUUUCAACGACAGACCAGAGAAGGUGCUUUUUGACAGGCGAUGUUAAAGUCGUUCCCUACGGAGCUGAAUUGCAGCUCGUCAUGUUUGAUAAGAGCAGAGGUGAUCCUCUUGAGUGGAAGAGAAUGUUCAAGGCGCUGGUUUCGACCUUGCAAGAUUCCGAGGAUCCUAUUCAUCUGCAAAUGAACCCAUAGAAGCUCUCGUUGGGUGCAGAACAGCUAUAUUUAAUGCUCAUGCGAUACGCAAGGCGAAG